AUGUUUCAUUGGGUGCAAGGCAUUCCGUUUGAAAAUAACCAAGGAGCGUAUGACGGAUUAACAUUAUGGGAACAGAUUGAUGGCGGUGUACAGUUUACUGCCACUCGUAAAUUUCUGACUGCUGUGCCCAUUGUAUUGUUUUUAUUGAGUACACAUUAUACGCAUUACGAUGUCUUUCUUUUUGGCAUCAACUUUACUGCACUUUUAGUUGUCUUGAUUGCAAAGCUACCUGUUAUGCAUAGAGUACGAGUCUUUGGAAUCAAUAAACUCGACUAUGAAAUGGAUUAG